AUUUGGAGUGUCCGGUAACGCAUGUGAACUUAUCGGAACAUCUAUCGUCUUCUUCGCGACAGAGAAAGUCGUUCUCUUGCUCCAUCAUCACGAACACCUUUUGACUUGAUGAAUUUUUUCGCGUCGUCUUUGCUUAUCAACAUCAUCAUCCAACGACAUUCGGUUUUUUUUUUUUAGUGAAAUUAUUUCCAUGAAAAAAUUGCAAAUAAAAACCAAAAUAAAUUCUAUCAAAUCAAAUCAAUUUAAAAUUCGCGCGGUUGAAGAUAAAUAAUAAAAAAAAAUUAAAUCUCAACCAAUUUCAUCGGUUUAUCGCGACGCAAAUAAAACGGUCGGUUUUCAAUGACUGAUUGAUUGUUGUGCGAGAAUACGUUUGAAAAAAGUCGCUUAUUAGUCUGUUAACACAUGUGAUUCAAGACACAAUUCACCCGAAAAAAAAAACUCCUUUAUUUAAUUGGCGAUCAAAAUGUGUUCGCGUUUGUGUGGAAAUAUCGGAAUGAGUGGAUAAAAACAGAAACUUGACAUUUUCUCAAAAGAACGAAAAAAAAACUAAAAGUAUAUCGAUCAAGUGAAAGAGCGAAACAAAAAUCAACGGUUAAACGAAAGAAAAAAUUCAAACCAUAAAAUUGCGUGCAUCAUCGCUUUUAAAGCGAAUUUAAAAAAAAACAACAACACAAUUCGGACAAAGUAAGCGAAACAACGUUCGAGGUAUUCAGCAAAACAAACAAAAAACCGUCAUCGCUUUGCGUGAAGUAUUUUUAUUUUUCGCAUCACACACAAUCAAUGUAUUUUGAUCACUUGACGCGAUUCUGGUCAUUCAGACUCGGUUUUUAUGAUAAAAAUUAAUUCAAUGCAAUACGAGAGAUAACCAGAGAUAAGGCAGACAAUAAUAAAUAAUAAUCAUUUGCGGUCGAUUUGAGCGAGCGACAGCAGCACCAGCAAUAACAGCGAAACAAGCGUUAUCAAUACAAAAGUCAAAGAGAGAUAAAUUACAAAGCCGAACGUGUCGAUCUCGUUUGAAAAAUCUUUUGUAGCGACAAUUACAUGCUUCCAUGCAGUCAAGUGUGACUUCAGCAGCGUAAUCCCAAUUCGUCGUCAGGCGCGCGCAAAAAAAAUACAUCAACAACGGCAACAGCACACAACCGAGAGUGAAGAAACAAAGGCGAUUUUUCAUUUAAGCAUCGCAUUAGCACAUGCAAAUCCAUUAUUGCAUUUUCUUUUUAGGAGUUGUUUGGUUGCAUUCUCACUGACGUGAAGUCACAUUCGCUCGAAGUCAGUCUUGUGUGCCCCGAAGAGUGCUUGUUUUGUGUGUACGCGCGAGCGCGCUUCUUCUGCAUGCGUGUGUAUAUUUGUGCGUUACGCGUUUGCACUCACAGCCAUUCUCAUACCUCGUACGGACCAUAAGUUCGGCAUUUGUCUUCGUGCGUGCAAUAUAAAUAAUAACGUCGUAGCCGCCGUCUCACGUUGUACGCUGUGAGACUCAUCGCAGUAAGAGAAGAGCAUACACAGUGCGUUUGUGUUUUUCGGUUCGGGGUUCGGGGAUUCGCAUUUCACUGUGGAUGUUUGGACGUUUUAGGCGAAGGAACGGAAGAAAGAAAGAGUGAACGAACGACAGAGGGACAACGCAAGCGGGCGAGAGAGAGACAGAGAGAGAGAGAGAACGCAACACAGCAGCAUACGAACCAAAACAAUCGUCAUUUGUUAUUGCUACUACCGCUUAUUUCGGUGUGCUGUGUGCUUAUAACAAUACCAUUCGUCUGAUCGUCAACGUCGCGCUGUUAGAUUUUGUCGUGCCGAAAUUUUUGCUCGUGUCGUCGUGGUUCUCUUGUACAGACUUUUUUUUCAUUUCGGCGGUGCUCAUUAAGUAGAAAGUGUGUGACGGUGGAACGGGGUUGAUGCUAAACAUAACUCAGUGCACACUAGCCUAUUUGAACACGAGCUAAUUUAAUUCGCCUCUCUGCGACACAAACAGAAAACGGUUAUUUCGCAUUUUUGUUUUUCUUCGCUUCAAAUGCAAACAAUCAGUCGAAGCAAGCAGAUCGAAAAAGGACUUGAUGGAAUUGAAUUAUUGUAGAAGAAAAAAACUGUGAAAAUAAUAAUAAAUACUAAACAAUUUAAAACCAGUGCAAAAUAAGAACAAUUUAUUUGAGAGCAAAAAAAGAGAAAAUAAAUUGACUUUUCAAAAUAUUUCCACACAAGUAAUAACGUGACUUAAAAAUCAGUGAAACCAAUUUUUUUCACGUCAGUUUGGUGAUCAGUUCGUUUCGUUGAAAUUGAUGUUGACUCAAUCACAAGUCAUUUAGUGAGCAAAUUCCUCUUUUUUUCGCCGGAACCGACAACGAUCAUAAAGUCAAACCAAUGAUGGAUUUAUACAAAGUUACGAAUGCUGUUGCGAUGUCAGGCAACAAAGGAAAGCGGCCGUUGCGUCAUUUGACGGCCGGCGAUAAAAUCGAUGCAAUUCAACGGAUCCAUGAUGGUGAAUCGAAGGCAUCCGUUGCUCGUGAUAUCGGUGUUCCAGAGUCAACGUUGCGCGGUUGGUGCAAAAAUGAAGAGAAACUUCGUAAUAUGUCACGUCAAUCACAGCCCUUGGACAACAAGCUCAGUUUGGAUAAACUCACCGAAAAAAUGGCCGGCGAUGCAAUCAGUAGCCUAUUGGGUACGCCACAGAAUAAACGCGCAAAAUUGGACACAUCGUUGCCAUUGAAUUUUGGUGCAAACGGUGUGAAUGGCAAAUUGAAAUAUGAAGAUUUUGCCAACGGUCGUAGUUCGCUCGGCAGUUUGGACAUGGCAAAUCUCGGCUUCAAUGGAUUGACUCACAGUGAUUUCAGUGCAUAUAAAUCGGCAAAUGAUUUUUCAUCACCCAAAUCGGCCAACGGUUACAAAGGAUACGGUGCAGAUUUCUCAAAGCAAAAUGACCCAACAAAAGCCGAUUUAUCGAUGGCGGCAAUCAGUCCAUUGUCCAGCCUAACACAUUUGUCAGGCUUGGCACAGGGUCCGCUUGCACUGAGCUUCAAUGAAAUCGCAUCAAAUCUGAGCCUAUUGGCUCAUUUCAACAAUUCCAAUUUGAAUGCAAUGUCAGGCAUGCCAUCGAUCGGCAACAAUCCACUUGGCAACGGUAAUAACAACGGUACCAGUAAUUUGCGUAACGUACGACCGAAGCCCAGCUCAAGUUUAAGCCCACGCAACGAUAGCGAAAAAUCACAAGGACUCACCGUUAAAAAUUUAGCCAAACUACAGAAAGCCACACCACAAGAAGAAUUCGAUAUGCUGAGUAAAUUGAAGAAAGCAAGCACAGCACCGACGUCACGCGAAAUGGGAUUCGAUGAUUCGCUCUACUAUUGGAUCAAGCAACAACAGAAUAUGGCCGGUUUGAAUAAUAUUUACUCAUCCGCAGCCAGUCCAAGUCGAUUAUCACCGAUGAAUCAGAAUGGUAACAGCGGUCGUGCAAAUGCAUCAUCGGCAGCGGCUAUUCCAACUUCAACUACAUCCCCGCCUCCCACAAUGAACACACCACACACAUCAUCAACAACACCCACACUAGCUGAGGAUGCGAAAAAUCAUGCGUGGCUCUUGCAUUUGUACAAAACAUUUGGAAGUUCAUUGAUCAGCAAUAUGGCAGCUGCUGCUGCUGCCGAAAGCAACGGGGAUGCAACCAAAGCCACUGAAAAUGGCCACGAAAUGAAACCGUCAAUGUAUGAGAAUAUUUUGUACUCACAACUAACAAAGAAUACAUCAGCAUCAUCGACGCCGAGCCCAUCCGAUUCCAUGAACAACAAUGACAACAAAGAGGGCAACAAUGGCAAACCCGAAGAUUUAUCACAGCCAAAAGGUUCACCAUCGCAAAAUGAUCGCAGCACACCGACCAGUUCGAUAAAAGUGAAAUCUGAAUCAGCCGGUGAUGGUUCACCGGAAAACAAUCGCACUGCCGAAUCGUCGUCACCACUCGAUGUUGCCGAUUGCAAAGUGGGCAUUAUCAAUGUGAAAAACAUGCUGAUGAAUGACGCCGAUAAAGUAUGCUCCAGCCUACUGUCCAACACAUCAACGGCAAAUGUACGCGAUCUUUUGGAUGAUUUCCUCUACAAAGCAUCGGCCGCCAAUAAUAACAACAACACCAAGGAUGCUGACACCAAAGACGAUUGCGAUGCAUUACCAUCAAGCCAACAAAACAAUGCGGUCGAGAAUGAAUGCCGGCCAAACAGCCCAUUCGAAGCCAUCGAACACGGUGAACAAUUUCUCAAGUGGCUCGAAUCGUGCAGCGAUCCAAGCAUCACUGCCAUUCAGGUAAUGCAAUUCAAAACACUGUUAAACAGCAUCAAAUCGAGUGCUGUACGAGCCGCGUCAUUAGUGCAAAUGUCAAGUGAGAAUGGUUUAGCGGGAGCCGCAACAUCGGAUCAAGAACAACGAAUUCGUAUGCGCAAACGAAAAUAGGAGCAACCAAAACUAGCCCUCAACUACGUUACAAUGAAUAACACACAGGACAACAACAACAGCGACAGCAACAGCAUCAUCAACAACCGCAUUGAUAUCGACUGGCAUUGGUGCAGUUUUAAGAGUCUUCACCAAUACGACGACGACGAUGACGAUGAUGCAUUUUUAGUUGAUUUUUUAAAUUAAGCUCUAUGGUAUUACAAAUAAAACAAAUAAUUAGCUCAGAGUUAUUGCUCACGCCAACCAAAAAAAAAACGGAGCGCGCAAACACACACAAAUUUUACUCGAAAUAUACACGUAUGUUAUAUUAAAAAUUGUAUGGAAAACUGAAGCAGCCGUAAAGUAUUUAUAAUCUAACCUGAAUUAUUGAGAGAGAAAAAAAAGAGAAGAAUUUUAUUGAAAAGAAACACAAAACAGCAAAGAUUAAUUGACUGCUCAUUACAUCUGCUGGGAUUUGUUUUUGUUGAUUUCAAAAUGUGCUAAAAUCUUAGAAAGAAACUAAACUUAAACAACAAAAUAUAUACACACACACAAACACAUCAUAUAGACAUGAAUGCCACACACUUGAUAACCAAAUACGUAAUAGCAAACAUAUGUAAUUUUAAUUGUAGUUCCGAUCGAAAAAUACGAAAUUAACAAAACAUUCAAACUGAUUGCUCAACGUAAACCAUUUUAAAAAAAAGAAGAAAUAAGAUAUCAUGAGUUUGUUUUUUAAACGAUGAUUUUUCAAUGAACAUCAUUUAUUCAAUAUAACUUUAAUGGAGUCAACCCUCUAAAAGAAAAUUUUGUAAAUAAAAUUGAAAUGGAGAAAAAGAAGAAAAAAAAACAAAAACUAUUUAAAAGGAGAAAAAAAUCUUUAGCACAUUCCACAAUUAGAACAUUCAUAUGAAACAUAUACGUAAAAUCAACAAUAUUUUAUAUUCAAUUCUUGUAAAUAAGCACAUGCGCCAUCAUUCGGACAUGGAAGUAAAUUAAACCAUUUAUUUUGAAAUCUAUUGUACACGUUUAAAGCAUAACAAAAUAAAAGAAAGAAAAAUAUACACAAAAAA